ACAAGGCCCGCUCACAAACCCAGCCAAAGCCGGCCGCUUUCCCCUCCCCCGCACCGCACCGAAUCUCUCCCCGUGGCCGCGGAGGCGAAGGCGAGGGCGCGCGCUCCACCAACCACCGAUCCACCACAAGAGGAGCUCCCCGCGCCGCCACCACCACCUCACAGACUCGCAGUCCGUCCAUAUAACCCUCGUCUUCUUGGUGGCCGCUGCUCGAUCGAUCGACCGGGCAAGAAGAAGCAAGAAGCGGCAGGAGAGAGAGAGAGAGGGAGGGAGAGGUAGCUGGAUCUGCUCGUGGCGGGGGUCGAACAAGGGGAGCGCUGGCGAUGCUGCAGCUGAUGAUGGCGCUGGCCUUCUCGGCGGCGCCGCUGACGCUCUACGUGCCGCCCGUGCGCAGCCUCAGCCUCUUCGUGGAGGCCAUGGAGACGGUGUGCCGCGAGUGCGCGCCCUACUCCCAGGGCGCCGUCUCCCGCUUCCGCCUCGGCCUCUCCCGCAUCUUCGCCGGCCUCGCGCGCGCCCUGCGCUAAGGCGGACGAAGCGGCGCGGUGACACGCAGAUCCUUCUUCUUCCUCUUCCUCUUGCCAUAGGUACACGCCCCAUGCCGCCGGUGGCAUGCGUGCGGGCAGCGGCUGUGCUCGUCUUGGAUCUUGUCUGCUCUUCUUCUUCUUCUGCCCUCUCAUAGAUUCUUCAUAUAGUACUGCCACUACGUAGUUGCGAGCUUUGUUCUCGUUUUGAGUAGCAUUUAGAGAAGAAAGUGGGUAAUAAUCUCUGCCCAAAGAGGAGUUUUCGUGAGAGGUCGUGACAAGAUGCAUACGGUGUUCUUAUGUGGUGGAUGUGAUGCAAGGUAGUCCAUGAGAAAGUUCGUUGUGAUCUGUACAUAAAUCAUACUGCUACUGGUUGGGAAAGUUUGUGUGUUCUUGAGAUGUUGAUCGGUUGAUCAAACUUUCUUGAGAUGUAAUGGAAGACCUUGACUUGUUGAUUCGGUCA